AUGGAUAUGCAUCAAGGGAAGCGUCUGGCUGGCCUCAUCCUGGCUGUCACUCUUCUUCAAGGUACUAUGGCCUAUGUGAGAGAAGUAAAAGUGGAUGACAAUCGAGAAGAUGGUUCUGUAAUUCUGAUUUGUGUCACGGAUGAAAAAAAGAUCACAUGGCUUAAAGAUAUGGAAGAAAUAGGUUCUGGAGACACAAAUAAACUUACUUGGGAUCUUGGAAGUAGUACCAAAGACCCUCGAGGAAUAUAUGAAUGUAAAGGAUCAAGUAACGAAUCAAAAUCACUCCAAAUAUAUUAUAGAAUGUGUCAGAACUGCAUUGAACUGAAUCCAGCCACUGUGGCUGGCUUUAUCUUCACUGAAAUCGUCAGCAUUUUCCUCCUUGCUGUUGGGGUCUACUUCAUUGCUGGACAGGAAGGAGUUCGCCAGUCAAGAGCUUCAGACAAGCAGACGCUGUUGAACAAUGAUCAGCUCUACCAGCCCCUUAAGGAACGGGAAGAUGACCAAUACAGCCACCUGAGGAAGAAGUGA